CUCUCAUCGGCAGCCACACACACAGAUCUAACCCCGAAUUCUCGGUGCGGCGGUUAGGCACCCUUAGACGAAAGAGUUUCGUGUUCUUUCAUCGAUUGGUUAUUCCUCUCUGUUCGUAUCUCUUUUUCCAAUUUCCCCUAAAUUCUUUUUGUUUCUCUCUCGAUCGGAGUCAUGGCGAAGUACUACGAUGCUGACACGUGCGUCUUCUGGGACGUCGUUGAUUUCCCAGUCCCUGAGGAUCGCAUGUUAAACGAGUUUCGUAGUAAAGUCGAACGAGCGCUUCGGAUGGAGGGGUAUAUUGGUAAACUGAAAAUCCAGGCUUAUGGUGAUGGAGAUGCAGAUAGGAUGGAUUAUCUCUGUGCCAAGAUGCAGCUUGUACAAAAAGCGGCUGAAAAACAUGUGAGACUCAGUAGGAUGCAACUGGACAUACUUUACUGGGCAUUCCGUUGUUUUAAUGACGAACUAGAACAUAACGAGACAAACUUCCUCGUAAUUGCUAAAGACGUCCCAGGGAAAGACACAGGCACUGGUUAUGUUUGCAAUACAUAUAAGGGAA